AUGCUGAAUCCGAGUCUGUUCCAGCCAGCUCUCGGCAGUUGUUGCCGCAGCGUUUGGCUGCCUUUUUUGAGAGUGAGGCAUUCUUUAGUGUUUCUCUUGUCAUGUGCUUUUGGUGACAUAGCCAGCCGUUUGCGCGCAAAAGGCGCAGAACACAAACUUCAUCAAACUUGCCACCAACAACAGCCUAGCCCUUGCUGCGAAGACGUUUUGCCUGCGCCCGUUUGCCUAUGCCUCCUAAGGCAAGGAAGAAUGCGGGAAACAAGAUGGACAACAGGCCAAGCAACAAUGAGUUCUGAGAGCGUGCUGGUGGUGUGGUUGGAUGAGAUUCGAUGGUUUUUGGAGGAUAUGAAUCUCACGGAGUUUGCCCUGGUUUCAUUGGGAAAGAAGAGGCGGCGGCUGCCAAAUUUCGCCAGUGCGUUGCCAUGGUUGCUCUCGGUGUCGGCUGCCAAACAGCGCGGGCUGUUGGGAGGUUUCGAGGAGAUCACCACAGGUGAGGAACGCACCGAGUGCAUUGAACACCAAUGGGGUGCAGUGGUGGUGGACGACGCCUGGUCUCCGCCCAUCUUGGGCUACUUACAACCUCCUGUGGUGGCCAUUUUGCCGGCCGAUACGCGUCACCAGGGCCUGUUGUCCUCUCUGGAACGACUUCGCUUCCAUUGCGGCGGUCAGAUCUAUGUCUUUCACGCUGAAGCUCCUCCGCGCGAAGGCUUUCGCCUCGAUGGCAGCUUUGGGUGGAGUAAGAGCUGCAAACAUGUAGAGCGAUGCCACUGUCCCCGUACACCGGUGUCCCCCUAUGGCGCUUGGGGCUGGCGCUUGUGGCGAAGCUUUCAUCGACAGCUGCCGCAAGUGUGGCAUCUGCACACCCUGGAUCAAUGGCCUGCAGUAGCGCAGUCUGUGACAGUUGUGGUCUUCCACUUCGUUCGAGGAAAGGCGAAGGUGCUGAAGUUCUGGCGAGACCCAACAGCUGGAGGGCACUUUACCGGUUGGAGUGUUCCUGGGGGAAGCAUUGCAACGGGCAAAGACUCCGGGCUCUGGUGCACGGCACGACGGGAGUGGAACGAGGAGACGGUGGGUUAUCCCUGGGAGAUGGCAGUAGGAGAUGCACUGAGCGAGGAGAGGAGCGAGUGCAUCGAAGGAUCCUGGGUGUAUCGUUCUGGACGUUGCUUGCUGUGCAUCGCAAAUCUGGGAGAGGUGCUUUUGGCUCGUGACCAGUGGAGCGAUGAAGUCUUCAGCAAUGGUUGGAGCCCUCGCAGCAAUGCGACCGUGUAUGCUCCUGCGAAGCCGGACUUCUACGGCAAGGGCGCGGCAUUGCCUUUGCAAAGGCCAGAGAGAUGUGUGACUCCCGGCACGCUGCAGCAGUCGCGGAGGAAGAUCCACACGGAGGGCUGGCCAUUCAUAGAACAUUCCGGGGAGGCCCACUGGGUCGAUUGGGAUGCUGAGGAGGAAGGUGCAGGUAUCUUCCCGACCAUGCAGAGCCGCAACUUGGACGAGCCUCCUGCAGAGUUGCUGAUCUUUCGUAGACGCUGCUUCAUCCAAGACCUGCGGAGCAGAUUGAGGAUCGAUUCGAGGCGCUUUCCAUCGAGGAAUUUCUACAACGAGGUGACCUACUACUCACUGACCAGCCUGCCGAUGCAGGAGCAACUCUGGAUCGUCAGUGACUCUGUGGCGGCCGUUUCCUUGAGUUUCCAAGUGGACUUCUCCUACGAAGCCGGGGCGGAGAACAUCUUGAGCUUCAAGGCGAUGCUUAAAGGUUGA